AGAGACAUAAGUGACAAUGGGCUCCACCGGCGAGAAGCAAAAUGAGUGUGCGGUGGAGGAGGUGGCGUUGGUGGUGCCGGAAACCGACGACCCUGGUCUACCGGUGAUGACAUUCCGAGCAUGGACACUGGGUGUGGUGUGCUGCGUCGUUUUAAUCUUCCUAAACACUUUCUUCAUAUAUAGAACCCAACCUUUGGCCAUAUCGGCGAUUCUGAUGCAAAUAGCCGUGUUGCCCAUCGGAAAAUUCAUGGCGGCGACGUUGCCGACGAAGGAGUAUAGGUGGAUGGGUGGGAGGUUUAGCUUGAACCCUGGUCCCUUUAACAUGAAAGAGCACGUGAUAAUCACGGUGUUUGCGAAUUGUGGGGUGUCGACGGGUGGGGGUGAUGCAUACUCCAUUGGAGCUAUUACAGUUAUGAAAGCUUAUUACAAACAGAGCUUGAAUUUCUUGUGUGCGUUGAUUCUGGUGUUGACUUCUCAGAUAUUGGGGUAUGGAUGGGCAGGAAUGCUAAGAAGGUAUUUGGUUGAUCCAGUUGAGAUGUGGUGGCCAGCAAACCUUGCUCAGGUUUCUCUCUUUAGGGCAUUGCACGAAAGGGAAACGAAAGCACAAGGCAUGACACGGAUGCGCUUUUUUAUCAUCUUCUUGGUUCUGAGUUUCGCAUAUUACGCGCUUCCCGGCUAUCUCUUCCCCAUCUUGACUUUCUUUUCUUGGGUUUGUUGGGCUUGGCCGCAUAGCAUCACCGCCCAACAAAUUGGCUCCGGUUAUCAUGGUCUCGGCCUAGGCGCCUUCACCCUCGACUGGGCCGGCAUUAAUGCAUACCAUGGGAGCCCCUUAGUCACGCCUUGGACUUCCAUUGUCAACGUCGGAGUAGGCUUCAUCAUCUUCAUUUACAUCAUCGUCCCCCUCUGUUACUGGAAGUACGACACCUUCGAUGCCCGCAAAUUCCCAAUUUUCUCUAACAAACUAUUCACCGGCACAGGUCACGAGUACGACACUACUCGAAUCUUGACACCCCACUUCGAUCUAAACAUCGCUGCCUACAACAGUUAUAGCAAACUCUAUUUGAGUCCUUUGUUUGCGCUUUCCAUUGGAUCAGGAUUCGCCAGGUUUACCGCCACACUCACGCAUGUCGCAUUAUUUCACGGCGGGGAUAUAUGGAAGCAGAGCAAAUCUGCGGUGAAGAACGUGAAGAUGGACAUCCAUGCGAAACUGAUGCAGAGUUACAAGCAAGUGCCGCAAUGGUGGUACCUCGUGCUACUGGUAGGGAGCAUAGCGUUAUCACUCGUUAUGUGCUUUGUUUGGAACGAGGACGUGCAGUUGCCAUGGUGGGGUUUUCUCUUUGCUUUUGGUUUGGCUUGGUUCGUUACGCUCCCGAUCGGGGUCAUUCAAGCUACCACCAAUCAGCAACCCGGAUACGACAUUAUAGCGCAGUUCAUAAUUGGGUAUAUUUUACCCGGAAAACCGAUUGCAAAUUUGAUUUUCAAGAUCUAUGGACGAAUCAGUACCGUUCAUGCGCUUUCCUUCUUAUCGGAUCUUAAGUUGGGUCACUACAUGAAGAUCCCACCUCGAUGCAUGUUCACAGCUCAGCUGGUGGGAACUCUAGUUGCUGGGACGGUCAAUCUUGCGGUAUCAUGGUGGAUGUUAGAGAAUAUCGAAAACCUAUGUGAUAUCGAGGGACUUCAUCCCGAAUCUCCAUGGACAUGCCCCAAGUUCAAGGUCACAUUUGAUGCUUCUGUGAUAUGGGGACUCAUCGGACCACAACGACUCUUUGGACCUGGAGGUUUGUACCGAAACCUCGUAUGGCUGUUUCUAGUCGGAGCAUUCUUGCCGGUACCCGUGUGGGUAUUGAGCAAGAUUUUCCCGGAGAAAAAAUGGAUUCCUUUGAUCAACAUACCUGUUAUAUCCUAUGGAUUUGCGGGAAUGCCACCAGCAACCCCAACAAACAUAGCAAGCUGGCUUAUCACCGGAAUGAUCUUUAACUAUUUCGUGUUCAAGUACCGGAAACAAUGGUGGCAGAAGUACAAUUACAUUCUGUCGGCGGCGCUUGAUGCAGGGACGGCGUUCAUGGGGGUGUUGCUGUUCUUCGCCCUGCAAAACGAGGGGGUUGAUUUGAAUUGGUGGGGGGCAAAACCGGACCACUGUCCGUUGGCGAAAUGCCCCACGGCUCCGGGAAUUAACGUCACCGGUUGCCCCAUUUUCUAGACACGAGUAGGAAUGUUAUAUAUAGGGAAAGAAGAAUAAGUGAAAAAGGGGUGUUAGUCUGUAAAUUUUGUUGAACUGAACUGAAGCCAAGGUUUGUAAUUGUAAUUGUAUUUGGAGUUGUAGCAUGCAAAUGCAAUGCAAGAGAUGAUUAUGUGUUAUGUUAAUGUCUCAAAGC